GCAAAUCUUUCUCUCUUUUUCCUGUCAUUUCUCGCGUCUCUACAAUCAAAGCAACAGCUACUUAACCAAAACUCUGUUUCAGUUUGAUCUUCUGCUUGCUUAGUUCAAACAAUACGAAGUGAAAAAUACCAAGUAAGAGUCAAAACCCAAUGUUGUUCAAGGUUUUUUAGCCACCUAGACAUUGUUCAACACUUUUAACUCCACCAGGUUAAAAGAAACAGGACGAUGGUUCCUUUUUACUUGCAUUCAGGUUCAAGAUUUUCCAUCUCUUGAUACUAAAGCAACCUUCUUUUUGAUCUGGGUAUUACAGUUCGUACCUUUUUCCCUCUUUUUCUUCUGCUUCUUUGAAGAUAGUGGUCGUUUUUGCUUUUGUUUUUAAUCUGGGCUUCUUUGUUUAGCUGCACUGAAGAGAAGCAUUUGUGCAAGUUAUGUAACGUGAGUUUUCUCAUGGAAAAGAAUUCAGGUGAAAGAAAGGUAAUGGACGACAUGGAUUGUCAAGGUUAUGGCUUGAGGGAUAACCCUAAGAAAUCUUGGAAAUCUUUGGGCUUUGCUGAUGAUGGUACUACUAGUUCAACGCUGAAAUUUCAGUGCAAAGCUUGUGGCAAAGAAUUUGAGUCAAAGAAAGCUUUGUUUGGUCAUAUGAGGCAUCAUUCUGGAAGAGAAAGGAAAAGAGUUGACUGUCAAGAAUGUGGCAGAAAGUUUCAGUCUUUGAAGGCUCUUAAGGGUCAUAUGACGUUACACCCUGUAAAGCUUAGGGUCUCAGGUGAUUCAGGGUUUGGUGGUUCAAGGCAAGAGCUGGCCUUGGAGAGCAUAACAGUGAGGAGAAAGAGAUCAAAAACAAUGAGGUACAAUAAUGCUCCAAAUUCUUCACUUUCUAGCUUGAAUGAAUCUUCUGGUUUGGUUGAAAUUGAUCAAGAAGUGGUAGAUGCUGCUUUAUUUUUGAUAAUGCUGUCUAGGGGUGCAAGGAAUUGGAGUGAAUUCAAUUCUUUUAGGGAGUCUUCCGAUAACGAUUCUGAGAUUAAAUCUUUGCAUCAAAAUAAAGAAAUUAUGCAGAAAGAAAAUGGGAAUCCUUUUCGUGAUUGGGAUAAGUCUUUCCAGAUGAAGAAGCUAGCAAUGUUUAAGUCUGAUUCUGAUGCUUCUGCGUCUAUGAAUGUUGUAUAUGAGAAAAACACAAGUGAAUAUAAAGAAUUGGAUUCUGGGAUUAUAACUGAUAAGGAAAAGAAGGUUGGAUCAGAAGCUCCCAAUGACAUGCUCUGCAGGGGUGUUGAAUUCAAGGUGACUAAGGUGGAUGAUGAAUCUGUAUUUGAAUUGUAUGAUACUGAAAUUGAGGAAAGAAUUUCUGGUGAAAUCAUGAACUUCAGAUCUACUGAAGUAGAACCAGGGCAGGAUUGGAUGGAAGGAUUGGAUUUAGCUGGUUUGGGAUCCACAAAAUCCAGUUCUUGUAAAUAUGCCAUGUUCGAUGCUUGUGAUGCAGAACCAGGAGGAGAUUCUUUGAACAAGCUAAUAAGAACUCCAUUGAAUUCUGAGAUGUCUGAUGAUUCCCAGAAAAAGAACAAAUACAAGUGUAGGAUCUGCAGCAAGACUUUCAAAUCUCAUCAUGCCCUUGGCGGUCAUCAAACAAUCCACAGAAAGAGAAAUAGCUAUGCUAUAGAGGAGAUUGAGAACCGUGAGAAAAUUACUCAGAGUGGCAGUUCUCCUGAAACUGAGGCUAGUUGCAAGCUUGUGAAUGUUGAGUAUGUUGAGAAUUCAGUGGAGAGGGAAUUGAAUGGGGUGACAAGUUAUGGAACAAGGGUGUAUAAGGUGUACAAGUGCGGAAUAUGCUUCAAGGUUUUUGCAUCAGGGCAAGCUCUGGGUGGUCACAAGAGGUCUCACAUCUUGAAAGAACCAGGAACCAGUGACAAACAGCCUGCAAAGCAGCUAAAAUUUUCUGAUAUCUCUGAUGUUACUGAUCUUAAUCUUAAUCUCCCAGUUAUGCACGAUGAAGAGGCUAAUGGUGACAUCGGAUUCAAGUCAUGUCGUGUUGGCAGUGACUGCAAGAGUGAGGCUCUAUUAAGCCUAGUUGCUAACUGAUGAAAGGUGAUGCCAAAUGUUUCAUUUUUCAUUUCCUGGAGAGCACAAUGCAUUGGUGGCUUUUCUUCCAGUUUUCAAUGGUACUUUAUAUUGGAGAAGGACCUUG